AUGGCCGAACAUGUGCAGCGACAUCUAGAGGAUAUGAUGGAGGUGUUUGAAGUUUUGGAAAGGCUUCAAUUGUUUUCGCAUAAAGAAGUCAAACAGGUGAUAAAACGCUGUAAAAUUUACGAGUACAAGCUGCAGAAAAGCGCCAAGAAGAAGCACGAAAUAAUUCAGUACAUUCAGCUUGCCUGCCAUCGUUUUCCAAACGACGAGAAUCUCUGGCUAUCGAGAAUCGAGUUCGCCAAGGUUAGGGUAUGUCAGAAAUUGCAGGUGGAUAACAGUUAA